UCUUUAAAACUUCAACUGUUUGGUUUCUUCUAACACCUCUCCCAUUAACACCUUUCUUGAAACCUUGGACUAAACCAUCCUAUAGCAAACCCACGAAAGUUGAAAAUUUUCUUGAAUCCUUAGACUAAUUCACCCACAAGCAAACCCAGGAAUAUUGAAAUUUGAUACCAACAUGUUUCCCUUCUAGAGAAGAAAAAAGUUGGUCACUACGGGACUAUGCGGUCUUUAUUCCCUUCAUCUCAAUCUCUUCCUAAAUUUGAGCAAUCGCGAUUUCCCCCCCACCCCCAGUUUCUGUUGAAAUCACGCCACCCAGCUAUUAGCUCAUCGUUCUUGGACAAUUCUCCUAAUUAACAGAAGGGAUUUAGAAAUUUUUCAGGGCCUCAUAUUAGCUCAUUUUUUGGCCGUUUCAGUUGUCGUUAAGGAGCUCUUCGGUGUUUCAGGGGCCGUUAAGGGUUAAAGAAAGGGAUAUAAAAAAUGGUUUACGUGCGUAGGUGAGUGGCACUCUUCAUUGCAAUGACUUUUUGUUGCUUUGCAAUCCUGAAUUGCCGUAAAGGAAAUAGCAGCCUCCAGGAACCGGCAGAAGGGAUUGCUGUUACCAACAAUGUACGCAUCUUUUCUUAUAAUUCCUUGAGGUCAGCAACUAGGAAUUUUCAUCCAUCAAGCAGAAUAGGUGCUGGAGGUUAUGGAGUUGUCUACAAAGGGGUUUUAAGGGAUGGCACCAAUGUUGCAAUCAAAUCACUGUCUGCAGAAUCAACUCAGGGAACUCGGGAAUUCUUAACCGAGAUAAAUAUGAUCUCAAAUAUAAGACAUCAAAAUCUCGUUCAAUUGAUUGGUUGUUGCAUCGAAGGCACACAUCGAAUUUUGGUGUAUGAAUACCUGGAAAACAACAGCCUUGCGAGUACUUUGCUUGAAACUAUCAUUUCAGGUACAAUGAGUAAGCAUGUUGAUCUGGAUUGGCCAAAGAGAGCUAAGAUUUGUCUUGGUACAGCUUUGGGUCUUGCAUUUCUACAUGAGGAAGCUGAACCGUCUGUUGUUCAUAGAGAUAUCAAGGCUAGCAAUAUACUUCUUGACAGAAACUUUGAUCCUAAAAUAGGGGACUUUGGCUUGGCUAAACUUUUCCCAGACAACGUUACUCAUGUGAGCACUCGAGUGGCUGGAACUGUCGGAUAUUUGGCACCCGAGUAUGCACUUUUAGGACAGUUGACAAAGAAAGCAGAUGUAUACAGUUUUGGUGUGCUCAUGCUGGAAGUAAUUAGUGGAAGUAGCAGCAGUAAAACAGCAUUCGGAGAAGAAUUGUCGAUUCUCGUGGAAUGGACUUGGAAAUUAAAACAAGAAGGACGGCUUGUAGAACUAAUCGAUCCAGAGCUGAUCGAUUAUCCGAAUGCCGAGGUGAUGCGUUUUAUCACGGUUGCACUCUUCUGUACCCAAGCCGCUGCAAAUCAAAGGCCAAGUAUGAAGCAAGUUGUGGAAAUGCUUUCAAAAGAGGUACACCUUAAUGAAAAACUUUUGACAGAGCCUGGAAUAUACAAAGGACACAAAACUAGUAAGUUAAAUGGCGCUGGCACUAGUUCUGAGGGAACUUUCUCCCGUGGAGACAGAGGUAAAAAGGCUAUAAAGUCUACUAUAUCUUCACCCCAAUUUAAUAGCUCAAAUAGUCUGACUCAAAUGCUUCCUAGGUAAUAAUACUUAAACACUGCUUCUAUUCCUCUUGUAAUAUUUUGAUAUUUUAGUUCCAAUCCCUCCAAUUUGUUUUUCAAACUUGCUCUAUUCCCCUUGUAGUUUUUAACAUUUUAGAUAUAAUCCUCCAAUUUAUCA